GCUGGUGCAGGGUCGAAGCACGUGGAGCUCCGUGCAUUUAUUCAGGAUCAAGAUGGCAGCCUCCUUGUGUCGGUGCUACGAGCUGGUUGGCAGACGUACUCUGGCCCUCUGCUCCCGCCCCCUGGUCUCCUCAGUGUGGAGAGAAGAUGUGCUCCGGCUACACAGGAGCCCAGCUGCAGCUGUGCAGGUGCGAUAUGCUUCAGAACGUAAAGGUUUCCUGGGGGAGUUUGUGGAUAACCUGCGUCAGGAGUUCGGUAAGAAUCAGGAGAUGAAGGACAACAUAAAGAAGUUCAGAGAAGAGGCCAAGAGGCUUGACGAGUCGGACGCUCUCCAGCAGGCCCGCAGGAAAUAUAAAACUAUUGAAGCUGAGACAGUGAAGACCUCCGAGGUGUUUAAGAAGACUUUUGGCUCCCUGUCAGAAACCGUCAAAGAGGGUAUUGAGGAGGUGACUCGCACUGACAUCGGGAAGAAGAUUAAGGAAAGUGUGGAGGGAGCAGCCAGGACAGCCAUGCACUCUGCUGAGUCUGUGUCCAAAGGAGGAGAGAAACUGGGCAGGACCAGUGCAUUCAGAGCCAUCUCACAGGGUGUGGAGACCAUGAAGAAAGAGAUCGAUGACGGUGAUGCCGGCCCCUACAGAGCCCCCCCCCAGCUGAGGAAGAGAAGUGACUUCUCCUCUAAAGGAGCAAACGGCGACGACAGAGUGUUUGAGGCCAAUGAAGAGGACAUGGGUGUGGUUCUCCACAAGGAUUCAAAGUGGUUCCAGCAGUGGAAGGACUUCAAAGACAACAACGCAGUUUUUAACAGGUUCUUUGAGAUGAAGAUGAAAUAUGAUGAAAGUGAAAACGGCCUCAUCAGAGCAUCCAGAGCUGUAACUGACACAGUCACUGGUUUUCUAGGUGGUCUUUUCUCCAAGACAGAAAUGUCUGAGGUGCUGACAGAGAUCCUGAAGGCUGACCCCAACUUUGACAAAGACUGUUUCCUCAAACAGUGUGAGAAAGACAUCAUCCCGAAUAUACUGGAGGCUAUGAUCCGUGGAGAGCUGGAAGUAUUGAAGGACUGGUGCUAUGAAGCUACCUACAGUCAGCUGGCCCACCCCAUUCAACAGGCCAGGGCGCUCGGGCUGCUCCUCCAUUCCAAAAUACUUGAUAUUGAUAAUAUAGAUUUAGCAAUGGGUAAGAUGAUGGACCAAGGCCCAGUGUUGAUCAUCACCUUCCAGGCGCAGGUCGUCAUGGUGAUCCGUAGCCCCAAAGGAGACAUUGUGGAAGGAGAUCCGGAGAAGGUGAUGAGGAUGAUGUAUGUUUGGGCGUUGUGUCGUGACCAGGAGGAGCUGAACCCCAACGCGGCCUGGAGACUCCUGGACAUCUCCGCCUCCAGCACUGAGCAAGUCCUCUAGGAGGAGGAGGCAGGCAGGUGAAAAGGUCCAGCUUGGAUCUGAGACCAACUGUGAACAAGGGCAGAAGAUACAAGGAUGUGCCUGGAAUACACAUACUGACUCAUAUAUUUAUUCAUCAACAUCCGAGGGCAGAGAACGCUGCCGUGUUACACCAGAGACAGUAUUUGCACACAGUAUAUAAAACAGUAUACUUGAAAAUGUACAUGAAAAAGGAGAUAAACUGACGGUAUAAGAUACUUUACAUGAAUAGAAAACUUUGUGUUCAACAUGUCUCGUGCUCUGGUAAGCUCAGUGUUUGUGACUCCAGGAUACAAACUGUAUUUAAAACAAUUACUUUAUUUUAAAAGUGGCUGGAACCAUCAUUUCACCAUUUGGCUAAAAGAGGAGUCAUCCAAACCCCAUAGCUUUUUCCAGUGGUACAGGCCAUCUAUUCCAGCUUGGUGGUUAAAACCAAGAGGCUCAUUUUGGGGGUGUGGACGUUGUGCCUGUGACUUCACUAAUCUUACUUAUGAAAACUGGCUUACUUCUCAUAAGGAGUCUGCUGUAUAAUGCCUUCUGACUGUUGAAAUCUGAUGAAAUAACCCAUAAUAUGUUCUGUUACCUCGGGCUGAGCUUGAGACUUAACAGAAAGUCUGUGUUACCAACUGGGGAUGUGGAGCUUGAAAGAAAUUAUAACUUUUCAGACAGGGAGGGUUGAAUGAAAGAUGCCUUUAGAAUUGUAAUAUAGCUCUCCAGUGUUUUCCAAAGUUCAUUCCAUUCUAUGGAUUCAAAGUCGAUAUCUCAGCCUCUUUUUAUUUAACAUUGAGCAUGAAAAGAAAUGCAUCUAGAGUAAUCAAAGCAUUCGCCUAUAAUUCAGCUGAAGAUAAGAUUGGACCAUGUAAUGAGUCCAUCCUGUUAUGUGUAGCUCUGCUUCAUGCACCACAACCAGAGGACCACAGGUAAGCACAGACAGCAUGUCCCUAUGUUUGUGUUGAAACCCAGUUUAUGUUUUUUACAGUCGUGGUGCUGAUGUACAAUGUACAGUCUGUACAGCCUCAGUCAGAAGAAAUGUGUCUACAUAUUAAUGCGCUCUUAACUUCAUGUACAGAAAUCAAAUGUUGAGGACUGGCUCUUUGAAAGUUUGGGAUCAGGUUCAGCUAUAGUCGUCAUGGCAGCUUUAUUGUUUGCAAAUCAUCCACCAUCUCCUGUUGUUUGUCUCAUUGAACUCUUUGGUUUACUGUCGCGUUUGUGGCUUUUUUUUUAGACUGGAGACAAAGUUGAAUAAAUGAGUCUCUACAAAGGUCACUGUAGA